UGGUUUGAAACUUGGAAUAAAAAGAGGCAGCGGCAAUUCAGAGAGAAGGAGAGGAAGAGAAAACACUGGCAGCACAAACGCUGUUCAGACACGGUAGCUCUCUUACUAUCCACCUCGUCCAGCUCAGUGUUCUUCCUAAUACUUUUUUGGGUUUCUCAGUUUAAUCGAAAAUUUGAAUUUUAGAUAGAGAGACGCUGUCGUUGAUGUUUUAGGGUUCGCUUGGAAAAGAGUUUCUGAUUACAGGUGAUGAUGUCCAAAGUUGAACUUAGGAAAAAGAUUGGAGAGAAUUCAGGUGAUGUGAAGUUGUUAAGCGAGAUAGAAACCAUAAGCAAAGCUCUUUACCUAGAGAAAAACCCUUCCAGGACCUCAAUUUCUGCGCCUGGUAAUCGAUCAAAACCAACUAGAAAAUCCCAGUUACUUGAUCCUAAAUCGAAGAUAAUUGAUGGCAAUGAAGAUUCGUCACAAAAGGACAAGAAAUCCUUUUGGAAUUGGAAACCAUUGAAAGCCCUUUCAAAUGUUAGGAACCGUAAGUUCAAUUGCUGUUUCUCUCUCCUAGUCCACUCCAUUGAAGGGUUUCCCUCAAGUUUUGAAAAUCUUAGCAUUUGUGUGCACUGGAAGAGGCGGGAUGGGGAGCUGGUUACGCGUCCUGUGAAGGUUUUUGAGGGUAUUGCUGAGUUUGAGGAGAAGUUGACACAUACAUGCUUGGUGUAUGGGAGUAGGACUGGACCUCACCACUUAGCAAAGUAUGAGGCGAAACAUUUCUUGCUUUAUGCAAGUGUAAUUGGUGUCCAGGAACUUGAUUUGGGGAAGCAUAGGGUUGACCUCACAAGGCUGCUUCCUCUUACACUGGUGGAAUUGGAGGAUGAAAAGAGCUCAGGAAAGUGGACUACAAGUUUUAAGCUGUCAGGAGAAGCAAAGGGUGCCAUGAUGAAUGUUAGUUUUGGGUAUACUGUGGUUGGGGAUAGUCAAAUUCCACUUGGAAAUAACCAGAAUGUUCCGGAGUUGUUUAAUUUGAAGCAGAAUAAUGCGAAAACAGUGAAACCGGUUCCUAAAUUUGGUCAAGGUGAUCGGAAGAGCACAAUUCGUCACACUGAAGGUCUUCCUGGUGCUUUGAAACACCAGCAUUAUGCCUCAUCUGGAUCUGUAAAAGAUGUAAAAGAUCUUCAUGAGUUAUUGCCAACAUCAAAGUCGCAACUUGCCGUACUUAUGCAGUAUGAGAAAGUCAAUGAAGAAAAGUUGGAUUCAUCAUUUAAUUAUAAGCCUGAGCUUGAUGCGUUCACUGAAUGUCUUGACCCCAUGAAGUCAAAUUACUGCUCUGUGUCUAAAUCCAGGCAAGACAAUGUUGAAAAUGAGUGUGAAGAUGGUGAAUUUUCUGUGAUUGAACAGGGAGUGGAAUUGUUAAAAGAGGAACAGAAGAAACCAUUGGAAGUUGCUGAUAAGGCUAAUAAUGAUUCUUUAGUAGAUGAUAAAAUCGAUGGUAGUUUUCAUAUAAGUUCUCAAGAGGUUGGUAGGCUUCAUCCCCAUGAUGAAGGAAAUGCUAGUAAUAAAGAUGAGCUUAUGGUGCAUGAUUGCAAUAUUAAGGAGGACGAAAUAUGCUCAAAAGAGUAUGUGAUGAAAGAAUUGGAAGCUGCAUUGAGUAAUGUGACAAAUUUGGAAACUCAAGCAUUCUAUUCUCCUGAACAGAAAGAAAAUUACAUGGAAAUCAAAACAGAUUAUGAAUCAAAUAGGAAUGAGUCAUCACUUAGUUUAGAUGAUGUUACUGAGUCUGUGGCAAAUGACUUUCUUGACAUGCUGGGGAUUGAGCUCGGUCCAUUAGUCUUGAGUUCAGAGAGUGAACCUGAGUCGCCAAGGGAACGCUUACUAAGACAGUUUGAGAAGGAUGCCCUAGCUGGGGGUUAUUCCAUGUUUGAUUUUGGUGUUGACAUUGAGGACCAAAUAGAAUGUGACCACAACACAUCAACUGUAUCUGAGUGGGGGAACUUUUCUGAGGAUUUUGAUCUGUUAUCAGUUAUCCAAGAUCCUGAGGAGCAGCAGAUGAGAACUCAGGCAGAGAGUGGCAAGACAAGGGCAAAAGUGUUGGAAGACUUGGAGACAGAAACUUUAAUGCGUGAAUGGGGCUUGAGUGAUGAGGCUUUUCGGCAUUCCCCACCUGAGAACUCGGGUGGCUUUGGGAGCCCCAUUGAUUUGUCCCCUGAAGAGCCACUUGAAUUGCCACCUCUUGGAGAAGGAUUGGGUUCAUUUCUGCAGACAAACAAUGGUGGAUUUUUGCGAUCUAUGAAUCCUUCACUUUUCAGAAGUGCCAAAAGCGGUGGGAUCUUGAUCAUGCAAGUUUCUAGUCCUGUUGUGGUACCUGCAGAAAUGGGUUCAGGUAUAAUGGAUAUACUGCAGCAGUUGGCUUCGGUUGGGAUUGAAAAGCUCUCUAUGCAGGCAAAUAAGUUAAUGCCUUUGGAAGAUAUCACUGGAAAAACAAUGCAACAAGUAGCAUGGGAAGCUGCAGCUUCUCUAGAGGGACCUGAGAGGCAAAGUUCGUUGCAGCAUGAAUUGGAGAUUGGGCAAGAUGUAUCUGGUGAGCAAAAGAACGUGAAGGAGAGAUCAUCUGCACCCAGAUCCAACAGGCUGAAAUCAAGCAAAAUAGGGAAUGUGAUGGGCUCAGAAUAUGUGUCUUUCGAAGAUCUUGCUCCCUUGGCUAUGGAUAAGAUUGAGGCACUCUCCUUUGAGGGAUUAAGAAUACAAUCUGGCUUGUCAGAUGAAGAUGCAGCCUCAAGCAUCAGUGCAGAGUCUAUUGGUGAAAUUUCAAGCUUCAAGGGAAAGGGCAUCAAUUUCAGUGGGUCCCUAGGUUUGGAGGGAGCUGCUGGUUUACAAUUGUUGGACAUAAAGGACAGCAGCAAUGAUAUUGAUGGAUUAAUGGAUCUGUCACUGACUCUUGAUGAAUGGAUGCGGCUGGAUUCUGGUGAUAUUGGUGAUGAAGAUCAAAUAAGUGAGCAGACUUCUAAGAUACUUGCUGCCCAUCAUGCCAGCUCCUUGGACUUGAUACGUGGGGGUUCAAAAGGAGAGAGAAGGCAUGGCAAAGGAUCAGGUAGAAAGUGUGGUUUACUGGGGAAUAACUUCACUGUUGCGUUGAUGGUGCAGCUUCGUGAUCCUUUAAGAAACUAUGAGCCAGUUGGCACACCUAUGCUUGCUCUCAUUCAAGUAGAGAGAGUGUUUGUUCCACCAAAACCAAAAAUAUACUGUAAGGUUUCAGAGGUAAGAAAUGACAAUGAGGGUGAUGAUGAGUCGGAGUUGGUGGUGAAGGAAAAGUUAAAGGAUGAGGAAAAAGCAUCUGAAGAGGAAGAAAUUCCUCAGUUCUGCAUCAGUGAGGCACAUGUUACUGGUCUCAAGACUGAGCCCAGCAAGAAGAAGCUUUGGGGUACCACAGCUCAGCAACAAUCUGGUUCCCGUUGGCUGCUUGCUAAUGGAAUGGGGAAGAGCAAUAAGCAACCCUUUAGGAAGUCAAAGACUAUUUCUAUUAAACCUGCUACCCCUUUGACAAAAUAUGCAAAGUGCGGUGAUAAGAUAUGGAGCAUCUCAUCUCAUAUUCUUGGUAGUGGUUCAAAGUAGGAAUUGGUGGCAUUUAAUCCACAUAAGCAGAAUCCAAAUGCAAUAUUCCCUAAUGAAAUUGCUAUAGGUUGAGGUGAGUUGACCUUGCAUAGGACUUUCUUCACCAUGUUACUGGAAAAUGGCAGGAAUCUCUUCGUUGUUUUUUCUCAGAUUUAUAAUGCGUAGAUUUGAACUAGUUAUGGGUUGCUGAGCAAAUACACAUAGCAGGCAGGAUGAUUCUUGAGUCCCAGUGAUGUUUAUAAGUUCUGCUUGAGGAGUUCUUGUAUAUUUACUUUUGAUACAGCCUGCUAAUUUUUGUUCAUUUGAUACAAAAUAAACUAAAUUGAUGAGUUUGCUGUAAUUAUAUUCCCAUUUUGUAAAUCUUCAUGUUUGUAAUAAUACAUGUUCAUUGUAAUUUA